AUGUUCGGCUCCGGGAAAUCAUCCUCGUCGGACAAUGGCAGUAAAGACGAGAUAGUCCUCCUACCUGUCCAGUCCAAAGCAGGCAUCCUUCGUGUCACCGAAAUCGAGACAAAGGUUCACGAUCCAGAAGGCAACCAAGUCCCCGUCAUCCAAGAUGCAUCCACCGCUUUCGAUCUACCAGAGAACCACCCCAACAAUAACGCUAUCGAGAUAUUAUGGCUUCCUCGUGGAUCACACAGCUCCGAUGACACAGGCGAGAAAGUGCGUCGUGCGCUCAAUAAUGAAAAGGACAUGACCAUUCUGGGUUGCUGUCGGCAAUUCCCUAAAGCUAUCUUCUGGUCUUUACUUCUCUUCCUCACUGUGGUCAUGGAAGGGUACGACAAGAGUCUUGUUGCCGGGUUCGUAGCUUUCCCUGCCUUUCGAGAACGCUAUGGCGAGUUGUUUGAGACGCCGAACGGGCCACUCUACGAGAUCUCUCCGCUUUGGCAGACAGCACUACAAGUGUCUGCCAUUGCUUGUGAAGUCAUUGGUCUACUGUUGCAUGGAUGGAUCACAUACAGCAUUGGGUACAAGAAGAUGAUGCUCAUCAGUCUUGCUUGGAUGUGCAUCGCUGUCUUUCCAGCCUUCUUUGCCCACAACAUUGCUGUUUUGGUAGCUUCUCAGGCUCUCUGUGGUAUCUCAUGGGGUGUCAUUCAGACACUCGCUGCCACAUAUGCUGCUGAAGUCGUACCAUCAGCCAUCCGUGCCUGUCUUCUCAGCAACGUCAACAUGUGCUGGGUCAUUGGUCAGCUUCUUGGUACUGGUGUCUUGCGAUCCCUGGUUCACAACGAAUCUGAAUGGUCUUACCGUCUUCCAUUCGCUCUUCAAUGGGCCUUUGCCAUCCCUCUUCUCAUCGCCAUCAUGUUUGCGCCUGAAAGUCCUUGGUGGCUUAUCCGUCGUGAGCGCAAAGUCGAGGCUAGACACGCUCUUCAGCGCCUCACCAAGCAAUCUCAGCUUGACAUUGAUGAUACCAUUGCUGUCAUGGAGCAUACCAAUCGCAUUGAACGCAAGCUCAACUACGGCGGCUCAAGCUAUUUGGACCUGUUCAAAGGCGCAAACCUUCGUCGUACUGAGAUCUCAUGUAUGGUCUGGUCCGUCCAAGCUCUUUGUGGCUGGAUCCUGACUGGUUACGCACCUUAUUUCCUCGAGCAAGCCGGCUUUGACUCUUCCAAGUCAUUCAGCUUGUCCACCGGCAUGUACGGAAUGGCCUUGGUUGGAGGUAUUAUCUCUUGGUUCUUGCUGUCUCACAUCGGUCGCCGUAAGCUUUAUCUUGCAGGCCUCGCCGCCGCCGUCGUCAUGCUUACCGCCGGUGGUGUUGUGUCGAUUGUACUUGAUGGUAAAAAGGGCCUCAAUUGGGCACUCGGCGCGAUCCUCAUCACAACAACCUUUCUUUAUAACCUCAGCAUCGGCCCAACAUGCUACGUCAUUGUUGCCGAGAUUCCCUCAACCCGUCUGCGUGUCAAGACCAUUGCUCUUGCACGUGUCAUCUACAAUAUCUUCAUGAUCAUCAACAACGUGGUUGUUCCUCAGAUGUUGAACCCAACUGCAUGGAACAUGCAGGGCAAGUCGUGUUUUGUUUAUGCGGCCACGGCUUUCCUUUGUUUCAUUUACUGCUAUUUCCGUCUCCCAGAGACCCAGGGCCUUUCUUACCUCGAGCUAGACAUGUUGUUUGAGAAGGGCGCGCCAACAGCCAAGUUCAAGGAGUUGCAGCAGAGGUUGGCCAACUCGGCUUACUUGACUGUGGACAGAGCCGAGCGCAUGAGGAAUGCUUGGCAUGGGUGGCUCACAUACUCUUAA